AUGAGCAUAUUUUUAGCAAUUAGACUUCAGGGAAGAUAUUUAUUUAGGUCACAGUCGGUACCUUUUGUUAAUAUUGCGUCGAAAAGGCUUACUAGUACUAUUAAUAUGAUGAAAGAGGUGAAAGAGCCCAUCACAUUAAACGAAACAGAACUGAGCAUCCGUGAUUUACUUGUAGAGUUUUGCAAUAAAUACAACAAUCAAAAUAAAACCAACAACUUAGUGUUGAGAAUAACAGGUGGAUGGGUGAGAGAUAAGCUAUUAGGCAAAGAAAGUAAUGAUCUUGAUAUAGCUAUUAAUGAAAUGCUGGGUGAAGAGUUUGCCUCGAAGUUACAUGAAUAUGUCAAUAAGGAAAGGCCUGAGCUUCUGAUGAAGGCAACUCAUCUCAUAAAAAAGAAUCCCGAGAAAUCAAAACACUUGGAAACGUGUACUACUAAGUUGUUUGGAUUAGAUAUCGACUUUGUAAACUUGAGAUGUGAGCACUACACCGCGGAUAGCAGAGUACCUAUAAUAGAGUGUGGUACAGCAGAGGAAGAUGCUUUGAGAAGAGAUGCCACUUUGAAUGCUCUAUUCUAUAACUUGAAUGAAAGCAAAAUAGAAGAUUUCACGGGUUUUGGAAAAGAGGACUUAAAAAACGGAAUUUUGCGUACACCAUUGCAACCACUCAAGACUUUCUUAGAUGACCCAUUGAGGGUAUUGAGAUUAAUCAGAUUUGCAAGCAGAUUCAAUUUCAUAAUUGAGAAAGAAACGUUAGCAGCAAUGGCCAAUCCAGGUAUUAAAGAUGCAUUAAUACAUAAAAUCAGUAGAGAACGUGUUGGUGUUGAGUUGGACAAAAUCCUCUCGGGUCCAAAUCCCAAAUACGGCUUAAAUUUGAUAAGUUACGUAAAAUUGUCAGAAAGUGUAUUCAGUUUUGGCACGCUAACUGAAACUAUUUCCAAAAUUAACGAUCAACAUGUUUUGAAUGAAUUGGAAGUUACUCUGAAGAACCUCAGCAUCCAUAUUCGCAAUACAACCAACCUUUCUAAUGCAUUUGAAGAAAUUCUCCAAUCAGACGAACGUUUCCCACGCUUUUCUGCUUUGUACCAUGAUAUAAUGUCUCACACAAAGUCACAAAAGCUCUUUUGGUUGUCCGCAAUAUUGGAGAAAUAUGGUGCAAUUCGGAUUGUAUCGAACCCUAAGCGUAAACACAUUCUCAACUCUGCACCUGAAUUAUUUAUCAAAGAGGGUCUAAGAUUUGGGAAGGGGGAUUUUGACCCUGUCUCGACAAUUUUGCAAGAACACAAUGACUCAAAAGAACUAAUGAAUCAAGCGCUACAUAAUCCGGAAUCUGUGGAAAGAUCCAAGUUGGGUCUUUAUUUGCGCAAAUUUGGUUCCUAUUUAAAUUUAGACAUCGUAUGCAACUGUUUCAUAGAUGUGCUUGAGUCGAUUUCGCAGCCUGAGAGCAGUUAUGACGAAGUUCCACAACCAAUAGAAAAAUCCCAAAGUGAAUACAACAGCGAAAUCAUACCUUUUAUAAAGGGCUACGACUCUCUUCUUGAUAGGAUUUAUUCUCUUGACUUGUCUAAUGUCAGUGAAUUGAAACCUCUUAUCGAUGGGAAAACUUUGAGCACCAAAUUGCAAAUGAAACCAGGUCCUUGGACCGGUAAAAUAACCACUGAAAUUUUAAUUUGGCAAUUGGAUAAUCCACAGGGCUCUCAGGAGGAGUGUUUGGACUAUAUUAAGCUGAUUAUUCAUAACUAUAUAGUGUAA